GCGGACCCCUGCCCCGCGGGGCACGCGGCUGCGGAGCCUCGGGGCCGCAUCUGCGGUCAGGAUGCCCUGGGUGCCUCUCUGCUGGUGAGGAUGCCCUGCUGCGCGGCUCUGCAUCACCAGCCCCGCUCCCCGGUGGGCACGACUGAGCGGGCCCGACUUCGGCCCCUCGCGCUGGUGGAUGAAAAGCGCCGGAGUCCCUGAGUGCGAUCUGCGAUCGAACCUGAAUUCUAAGAGCCAUGGACGGAGGCGCUGGGUUGCAGCCCCGGGCGGGAGAGCAGCUGGAAGCACGAGCCGCAGGAGGAGCUGUCCAAGACGAGUGCGAACCGGAGACCUUUAGGUCCAAGAGUUUACCGGUCCUGAGCAGCGCCUCCUGCCGGCCAGACCUCAGUCCUGUGCGUGCAGGAGCCGAGCCAGCCAUCGGCUGUACAGAUCCUUUGGGCCAGCGCGGGUUGCAGCAAGGGCCCAGCAGGUUGGCCCCCAGUCCCUCUGCCCCUUCCACUUCGGCAGAGAUGGCAGGGCUCAUGGAGUGUAACCACAGGGUGGACGUCAGCAAGGCCGUGUCGGUGUCCUCCGCUUUGGCCACGCUCCAGGGGAGAAGGUGCCUCUAUGUGGUCCUCACCGAUUCCCGUUGCUUCCUGGUUUGCAUGUGCUUUCUGACCUUCAUCCAGGCUUUAAUGGUCUCUGGGUACCUGAGCAGUGUCAUCACCACCAUCGAAAGGCGCUACAGUCUGAAGAGUUCCGAGUCGGGGCUGCUGGUCAGCUGCUUUGACAUUGGGAGCCUGGUAGUGGUGGUGUUCGUCAGCUACUUUGGUGGCCGGGGUCGGAGGCCCCUGUGGCUGGCCGUGGGUGGACUUCUCAUCGCCGUUGGGGCUGCCCUCUUUGCUUUACCUCAUUUCAUCUCGCCUCCGUACCAGAUCCAAGAGUUGAACGCCUCGGCCUCCAACGAUGGCCUGUGUCAGAAUGGCAACUCCACGGCGCCUUUAGAGCCUCCCGCCUGCCUGAAGGACUCGGGAGGAAAUAAUCAUUGGGUCUAUGUGGCUUUAUUCAUUUGUGCACAGAUUCUCAUUGGAAUGGGUUCCACACCUAUUUAUACCUUGGGACCAACCUACUUAGAUGACAAUGUCAAGAAAGAAAACGCAUCCUUGUACCUAGCCAUCAUGUAUGUCAUGGGAGCACUUGGUCCUGCAGUGGGAUAUUUAUUAGGUGGACUUCUUAUUGGUUUUUAUGUCGAUCCCAGAAAUCCUGUUAACCUUGACCAGAAUGAUCCUCGUUUCAUUGGAAACUGGUGGAGUGGAUUCCUCCUUUGUGCCAUUGCAAUGUUUCUUGUGAUAUUCCCAAUGUUUACUUUUCCAAAAAAGCUUCCUCCUCGACACAAGAAAAAGAAAAAGAAAAAAUUUUCUGCUGAUGUUGUUAGUGAUGAUGAUGUUAUGAAGGAGAAAUCAAACAAUAGUGAACAAGUGGACAAAAAAGUUUCUUCUAUGGGAUUUGGAAAGAAUGUCAGAGACCUACCAAGAGCAGCUGUCAGGAUCUUAAGCAACAUGACAUUCCUUUUUGUGAGUUUGUCAUACACAGCUGAGAGUGCCAUUGUAACUGCUUUCAUUACCUUCAUUCCCAAGUUCAUCGAGUCACAGUUUGGUAUCCCAGCUUCCAAUGCCAGCAUCUACACUGGUGUCAUUAUUGUUCCCAGUGCUGGUGUUGGUAUCGUCUUGGGAGGCUACAUCAUAAAGAAAUUGAAACUUGGUGCAAGAGAAUCUGCCAAACUAGCCAUGAUCUGCAGUGGUGUGUCUUUACUGUGUUUUUCAACCCUAUUCAUUGUUGGAUGUGAAAGUAUUAACCUAGGAGGAAUAAACAUCCCUUAUACAACAGGACCUUCUCUCACCAUGCCUCACAGGAACCUGACAGGAAGCUGCAAUGUUAAUUGUGGUUGUAAAAUACACGAGUAUGAGCCAGUCUGUGGAUCAGAUGGAAUUACAUACUUUAACCCUUGUCUGGCUGGCUGUGUUAACAGUGGUAAUCUUAGCACUGGGAUAAGGAAUUACACAGAGUGCACCUGUGUCCAAAGCCGGCAAGUGAUCACUCCCCCUACAGUGGGACAGCGCGGUCAGCUCCGCGUGGUUAUUGUUAAAACGUAUCUCAACGAGAAUGGCUAUGCUGUGUCUGGGAAGUGCAAACGGGCCUGCAAUACCCUUAUCCCGUUCUUAAUUUUUCUCUUCAUCGUCACCUUCAUCACAGCAUGUGCCCAACCAUCAGCCAUCAUAGUAACACUCAGGUCAGUAGAAGAUGAGGAGAGGCCUUUCGCGCUGGGAAUGCAGUUUGUUUUAUUGCGAACACUUGCAUACAUUCCUACUCCAAUUUACUUUGGAGCAGUUAUUGACACCACCUGCAUGCUCUGGCAACAGGAAUGUGGAGUGCAAGGCUCUUGCUGGGAGUACAACGUGACAUCAUUUCGUUUUGUCUAUUUUGGUUUGGCGGCUGGCCUCAAAUUUGUUGGCUUUAUUUUUAUUUUUCUGGCCUGGUACUCCAUUAAAUACAAGGAGGACGAGCUGCAGAGGCAGAGGUGGAGAGAAUUCCCUCUGAGCACUGUGAGCGAGAUGGUGGGCCACACCGACAACGCCGAUAAGUAUGCCCGGACUAGAUCUUGUCCAGCUUUCAGCAGCCAGGGGGAUUUCCAUGAAGAGACUGGUCUGCAGAAAGGGAUCCAAUACACAGCACAGACCUAUCCGGGGCCCUUCCCCGAAGCAAUAAGCUCCUCCCCAGACCCGGGGCUGGAAGAAAGCCCUACUGCCAUGUAGCCUCCCUCUUGAAGCUUGAAAAUGGAAGACUUUAGUUUUGUUGGUUGAGUUGAAUAUGGCAACUUAAGAAACACCCGUGCCUUCUUUUCUUUCUUUCUUUCUUUUUUUAACCUCUAAAGACAAAAUCCUCAAACCAACAAAACUCAGUAUACACAGCCACCAUCGAUUGAGGGCUGGAUACCUCAACAAGACUGGGAGCCUUCACCCCCUCUCCCCCACUUCUCUCCAAGAAAGAGGAGUUGAGAUAUAUUUGUUACCAUUUCCACUAUGUUAAUUUAAUGCUCAUGCUCCAGUGUGGUAUAAGGCUGAGAGGUGCCUGGUUAACAAAAUCACAGGAAGUGUAAUGGUGGUACAUGUCAUUAGCAUACACUCCAAACAGAGGUGAGCUUGACCAUGACUUUGCAUUUACAAAUCCAAGUUUUUAGAUAUGAACACCUACUGUGAGUUCUGCUACAAAGCACAAAUGAAUUUGCCUCAACUAUGCAAUUUUGAUUGGGAAAAAUGUAAGUGCAGCAUGUUACUUUUUCUUUCAAGAGACUAAAGCAGAUACGUUUUGAAAAGAGGACAAGAAACUUUCCCUGAAGUACUGUUAAUAGCAUUUUAAGCCAUAGCAGAGUCAUAAAUCAGGUAGAAUUUUUUAAAUGCUUCAAAGGAAUCAUGGAUAGUGUGAUAAAAGGAACAGCUACUUUAUUUCAUAAGACACAUUCUCUUUUAGUCUGUCAGCUCCAUCAUAAGGUAAGGAGUCUGCUGACUUGUAAAUCUGAUAGUUUGAAGAUAAACUCCAGUAUUCUUUUGCCAGGGGCUUUAAAACCAGUGUGCUAAAUAAUAUGACUAGAACUUAAUUUGAGAUGCCUCAUAAGGAGAGAAACUUGAUGGCUUUCUCAUCCAAAGAAAAAAUGCUGCAGAAAUUCUUUUAGCUCUAUGGGCCCACACAAGGGUAGUUGAGAGUUGUAACCUUGACACUCAAUAGCUGGAAAAAGAAAUUCCACAGAGGUAAGAUUGAGUCCCAUCUGAUCAUUUUAAGUUAUAUGCCUGGAAACCCUAGCAGAUCUGUAUUGUUUUCUUUUUUACGUACAGAAAAUUGCUGUGGCUGCCCCCCGAAGUUGAGUAAUUAAAUCAGGAAAGCUAUACCUGUGAUAUGAAAAUCACUUUGCAUACAGGAGGAGGGAGGUCUGUGAGCUAUGAGAGUAUGAUCCUAAGUCAUGAUUGAAAAUUAUUUAAAAUCAACUUGUCUGUUGUACUGAAUUCUACUUUAUCGGAGUUAGAAUGAUUUUACAUCUGUUAGCCUUCCCACAGCGAUUCUGAAAGAGGAUUUUUCUGUUCCUAAAGGCUCUUUUGGUUCAUGAUCCAUAAUCCUUGUCAGUUCCUCCCAGCACAUCACGUUGACUUAGGUACCACACAGAGUGCUUUCUACAUGGUUCUUUCAUUCUUUUUUUUUUUUAUUUAUUUAUUCAUGAGACAGAGAGAGAGAGAGAGAGAGAGAGAGAGAGAGAGAGAGAGCCAGAGACACAGGCAGAGGGAGAAGCAGGCUCCAUGCAGGGAGCCUGAUGUGGGACUCGAUCCUGGGCCCUAGGAUCACGCUCUGGGCCGAAGGCAGAUGCUCAACCGCUGAGCCACCCAGGUGUCCCUCUACAUGGUUCUUAAGGUAGAUGCUUCCCAACAGCUCUGUGGCCUGAUAGCAGGUUAACUCAUGGGAUCUGGCUGCUCAGAACAAGAAUCUUGGCAACCCAGACUUAAGAGGGACCUUAGCUUCCAAAUGCCAAUAUAAUUGUGAAUGGUUUCUGCCAAGGAACCUAUGCUUGUGUAGGGGCUAAUCUGGGAAAUGAUUUCCUUGGCUGACUUCCAGUCUUCAACGGGGGGAAGGGAUUGACCGAACUGUCCCAUGAUUCAGGCUCUUUGCCCUUCCUCCUUGGAGGUACUGGUGGAGCUGUAUGAUUGCUUGUGGGUACCAGGUCGCCUUCCUCUCUACUGAAGAACGGUAUUGUCAGAUGGCCCUUUUGGGUACAUGCAGUUUGUGGAGAGGGUUAGCACUGUUAGACUGAAUGAUGUCUGUAAAGGGCGGAGCCAGUGGUCUCAGGUGACAAGGGCUUCCCUUUGACCAUUCUCAUUUGUCUGAGUCAUAAGUAAGCUGUUGCCUUUAAUUAUCUGGGUGUCUGUUCCGCCUGGCUCCGCGUGGUAUAUUUUGAAGGUCUUCAGAGAAUAUUGCUGAUUAACUUAGUGUCUACUCUGGUGCCUUAGGGUUCCCUUUUACUCUCUAUGGGAGAUCUUUGAUCCUUUAGACCCUUUAGAAAGUUUCCUUUUGUGUUGGAGCUAAAGGUAUACAGGUUGGGGAGAGGUGAUAUUUUUUUAAUUCUUUCCUCAUUGCUAAGGAACUGCAUUGAAAGAAUUUGGAUGGGAUUAGCACUUUUUUUUUUUUUUUAAGCUAAGAUUGUAUGUUCCAACACUCUUAGAAUCUCUCUCUUCUUGGUAGUAUAUUUUGAAAAGGAGCUGCUCUCAGAAUUCCAAGGUAGGAAGUGACUGACUCUUUGGGUAUAAUUAGACAGUCCUUUGAACACUCAUCCAUCUAGUUCAGCAACCAUUGACCAGUUCUCUAUCAGGUACUAUUUUAACCAAUUACCCUCUGCUGCUCUAUGAGAUUCUUUAGGUUGACUGGCCAGAAUUCCAAGAAAUUGGCCUGAAUUGUACACCACAAUAUUAAUAUUGUACUUCCUCAAGUAUGUGAUACUUAUAAAUAGCGGGUGUAUCAUUAAUGUGUUGUUGGUUAAUGUAGAAUAAGUAGUAUAAAUCACAGAAGACUGAGGUUUUAGAAUAUGUACCAAUUAAGAAUUGUCCCCAAAAUGCUUCAGGUCCUCUUAGCAUCCUUGGAAUAUUACAUAGUCAACUAAAGUAACUAUUUGGCAAAUGGCACCAUUUAACUGUAGAUAUGAGGUUCUUCUAUGUUUGUUACUUUAUAGUCACAGCCCCUAUUAUAAGUUUAAUUCCCACUUUCUAUGAACUUAGGCUUCUAAUCGUUUUGGAAAAAGGUCACCUUGUUUUUUUUUAUCAGCUCUGUAGAUUAAUGUAUUAUUUGGCUUUAAUAUGCAAAUAUAAUAUCCACGAGUCUAGCCUAUUAAUUUAGAAACUCCCCAGGGAGAGGUGGGUGGUUGGAGCACAUUUUUUGUUAUCUUCAUUAGUAUGAGAUCCUUAUCCUUUGCAAGGAGAUUUAAUUCUUGAAAACAUUCAGAAGUCAUUCAGAACUGAGGUGAGGGGGGGAAUAAAGAGGAGCAGAGAAGAAAUAAAUUAGCUCUUGUGGAGUGUUGAUUCAGAAUUUUGUCAAGUACUUAAUAUACAUCAUUUAUUUUAAUACUGUUAACCUGCAAGAUAACUAUUUUUAUCGUUUUUUUUUUUUAAGAGAUCAUGAAAACAGGCUCACAGAGAUAAAGAGAUUUAUUUAGGAUUAUGCAGAGUGGCCAAAUCAGGGUUCAGGUUUCUAUCUCCAUCACUCGUUUCUUACUCUAUAUAAAUGCCUAUAAUGGUUUAGGUUAACAAAGACAAGUGUGAUUAUAAUUUAGUAAGGUAUAGCAUUUCAUUUGUUGAUGUGUUACUGUUCCUGAAGAGUAGAGAAGUUAUUAUUCCUUUGUGUAGAAUAGAAAAAAAUCUGCAGGAAGCAUCAAAAUUUAAUGUUUAGAUUUUCAAGGUAAAUUUACAUUUAUUUAGCUAAGUGUUAUAUUCAAAAUUAUCAUAACAUACCUCAAGUAUUUAUUUAUAGUUCAUAUUUAAUAUAGAACAAAUCAAUUUUGAUGUUAGCAUUGAGUCUCAGAACUUCUGAAAUGAAUCAUGAGGAAAUGUGGUUCAGAUUUAUUGAAUCUGAGCUUUGGGGAUUUUAAGUGUGUUCUUUCUUUUUCUUUUCUGCCUCUUUCAGAAUGUUAACAUUUCCAUUAAUUUUUAGUGACUAUGGGUUUAAAGUUUCCUAAUAAAAGUUUGAAAUGAACAUAUACAAAGUGUUACAUGUUAAAUGAACAUAUACAAAAUGUUACAUGCUCCACACCAAACAACUGGCUGGAUUGUUACCGUCAGUAGCUGGGAGCCUGCUCUUGGAAGUGCAGCCAUCAGAGGAGGAGGAAGUAGUGGCAGUCUUGCAUUUUCACCAACUACCAGGAAAAUUCUUCCUCCGUCUGCAAUUCCUGUUUGCAUUCUUUGGUGGACUUGGGAGCCAGAAAGUUUCUUUUUGGGGACUGUUUUGCAUCAACCAAAGAGCAGCUGUGUAGUAUUUGAAGCAUGGACCUGAAGCAUUUGUGGAAAUUCUCCAGUGUGCCCAGGAGCAGUAGGAAAGCCCAAGUCCAGGGGGUAACCAAUUAUACUUUUAAUGUGUGUGGACUUCAAACUUCUUAAAUGGCACAGAAACAUGAGUAUAACCAUCACUAAAUAGGUGCAUAUGGAGUAUUCUAGAGUAUCUAGUAGCAGAUAGAUACCAAAACACUGUAUGAUCCCAGAAUUGCCUAGACUACAGGUUUGCUAAUUCUGUUCUACAGACCACUAGGUAGCCUCUACACAUUAUUUGUAGUUCCUCUUUCCUGAUAUGGAAGAGCAUGCCAUGGCUGGCAGGCGAAGGUUGUAGCCUGUGCACUUUAUCUUUUUUGUUUUCUCUCUUUUCCUCAUCUUCCUGGAUGCUGCUGGCUGUGUCUGUUGCAGACUUCUUGCUUCAUUGGAAUCAGAUCUGUGUAUGUUUGAACAGGUUAUUUUAAACACUUCAUUUUUACUCGGCCCUAAGAAGGGUCAAAUAUGAUGAAAACCCUCCUUGGGUAUUUGCUUGUGCAACAUAAAACAAAAAAAUGCCUCGGUGCUAAAAGUAUUUGAUGAUGCAUGUCACCACAAAAAUGCGCCACUGAAUUUACAGUGUUUCACUGAUAAAGGACUGCAUGUGCUUUGCUUUUGGAGAUCUAGAGAACUUCCCAGAAAACAAGCACUCAUUACUCUUGUGACCAGUUAAUCCAUGAACUUUCCGCUGCAAAGAUGAAGACCCUAAGGGGGCAUACCUUUUCUAUGGAAAGCUCAGCGUUUUUGAUAUUUCUUUUAGCAAGAAUAAUCAGAUGCUAAAAAUAAUUUCAAGGGGGGGGGAUAUUUCACAUAAUCUUUUCUUAUUUAUUCUCCAAAAACCUGACACCCUUAUAAGGUGUUUUUAAUAAUUGGGGUUUGGGAGGUGUUGUCUUUUUCUGGUAUUCUAUUACAUAUUAAAAUCAGAGGAGAAAAUAUCCAAAACUAAAGUAAUUGCAGGGACGUAUUAAACCAAAGGGAUGAACAUAAGGUGUUUAAAUUUUGUAUCUAGAAAUGAAAAAUAAGAAUAAUUGAUAAGACUUUAUAGUGGGCAUUUUUCUUGAAAUACAUACCUCUGCCCCAAACCCCAAAUGUUAAUUUAGAAGCACGAAAUAGGCAGGUCAGCCUCUAACUCUUUAGUUAAAGGAGAUGUAAUACUGUGUCAAACUGGCAUUAGGAUCCUGGUGGAGUGUGUGUUCGGUGUGUGUGUUUUGUGUGAAAGUGUGUCGGUAAUGAAAGGCCGUUUUGAGUUGUUGCAUAAAGGAGUUUGAUUUUGUGAUUUUUACAAUGAAUAUUUAUUUGGAAAACUCUUAGGGUAAUUUAAAAGAUGUUUAAUUUCCUUGUGUUUGAUGAAAUCUAUCGCCAAUGUACUAAUAAACCUUGGUUUACAACAUCUUGAAUACUUGAUCAUUGAAAAUUAAGAAAAAAAAAAGAAUAAAGUGUGUUGGAUUGAAAUUA